UACCAUUGCGCUUGGCUGUCGUUUAUUUUCCUAUAUACCUUAUUCCAGGCCUUGCUGGAUAAGUUGGUUCUCGAAUUUUGUUAGGUUUUCUAAUGCGAAAGUGGGCCUAGCUGGGUUUUGGUUGAUGCUUAUUGCUUGUAAUUGUAGUAAUUAAGUCUCAGAUAUAUCGGAUGCAGUAGCAUUGUUCGUCUUCUAAAUAUAUAUAUCUAGAUGCGUAAUUGGGUUAAUUUCGGCUGAUGUUUCGUCAUCUUACCUAGUUGGUUAAAAAUAUUAAAUCUCUCUUUCUAUCUCCAAACUGUGAUAUCUUAGCCUUAUCGGUAUGCAUGUACUGGAGUCCACAAUUGACUAUCCUACAGUUUGAUUGAAAAUAUCUGAAUAGGAAAACCAGACACUGUCAAUCUAAGAUGGUUAUUGUUUGACUUCAACUUGACAAUGGAAUAAUAGAACCUUAAAGUAUUCCUGUCCGUCAGAUGAACAAUUAGUCAAGUUUCAGCUACCACACCCUACUUAUUCUAGUGUAAUUAGUAAAUUGGUUCAAAGGUGGAUUGACUAAAGUGGAUAAAGUGACAAACACUCAAAUGGAGGGAAUAAUAUGCGAGAAAAUAGUGCCAUACAUUGAGUUACAUAAUUUUCAAUCCCAUUUUAGAUGCUUUUGAUUAGAUGCACAAAGAUUAAGUGGUGACACAUGAUUGGUAUUCUUGCCAUGGUAGUAAAUUAGUCCAUCAUAAUUUCUCCUUCUCUAACUUAAUAUAAGACAUUUGUCAAAAAACGUCUUAUAUUAAGUUACGGAGGGAGUAUUAGAUAGACAGAGAGACUGCAGGUCAAACAAUUAAUUAUUGGACUCCAAAAAGAAGGCACACACUCUUUAUGAAAGUCAAGUUUGACCAUGAAUUUAACUAAUAAGAUUAUACCAUUAAGUUUGUAUCUGAAAGAAUUUUCCAAUGGUAUAAUUUUUAAGUUACAUGGCUUAUGUAUUAUUGGUCUAAUUGGCGGUCAAAGUUAAAUCACGAAAAGUGUGGGCGGCAUCUUUUUAGAGUUGGAGGGGGAGUACUUACUAUAUUUCGGGGAAAAACAUUAAGCUAUACGCGCUUACUUGGUAAUUGGUUAUCAUUGCAUGGAUAUAUUUUCUUACCUAAGCUGUGCACAAAUGAUUCUUCUAGCAAGUGGUUGAACUAUACAUUGUUAACAAAACAUAGUAUGUCUUUUUAGACGUUUGUUUGGUUAUGAAAAUUGUUACAGGCCAACUCAUUUUUGCAACAGUUGCUGUGGAUCUACCGACCACCUUUAGUAACUGUUGUGGCAUCGUUGCCUCAGUUUUUGUUGGAAUUUUUUCUUUUUAUUGGUCUUGAUUUGUGCUACAUAUUGUAGAACCAUUGGUUAGGAGUUAUACAUUGUGUGAGGGGCUGUACUAGUUUGUGUUCAUGAGGUGCUGUCAUCUGCCGCCGUCUCAUGAAUGGCAUGUCUGAACAAACCAGUUUAACUAUGACACUUGAAGAAUUGCAUGUGUGUGCAAUUGUUCAUCUUCAUCCUUGUUGAACUCUCUGACCGGAGUCAUACUUUCCGAUGACUUAUUUUUAUUUUGGAGUGACAUACUACUACAUGGUUUGUGGUGCCAUUUCAUUGCAUGGACCGAAAUUGCUGUUAUUUUCAUGCUAUUUACAUCUAUUCCUAUUUGAACUGCCGGUGGCGGGAGGGCACGGGAGGAGCGCUUUUGGUGAGGUUAUUGGUCGCCUUCGGAGUCGACCUGGGAGUCGUCUGGGAGAGCAGCCUGGGAGGCGUGUUGGGCUUUUCUCUCACAUAGCAAUUUUACAGGAGUACAGAACUUGUGUGAAGGAGUGUCAGAAUACAGGGAUUACUGGAAGUAACAUCAUCAGCCACUGUCAGUCCCGGGAUAACGACAGCACAUCUGCUGGAAGUUCUUGGUAUACACAUGAGCCCCUUUACUUGCAGUGGAAGCAACAGAACUGUAUGACAGACUGCCGCUACUACUGCAUGAUACAAAGAGAAGAGCGACGGCAAUUAGGUGGCCUGAGCCCUGUUAAAUAUCAUGGAAAAUGGCCCUUCAAACGUGUUUCUGUCUUCCAGGAGCCCCUUUCAGCUGCACUGUCUGCUCUCAACCUAUUGACGCACUUCAUUGGCUGGCUUUCAUUCUUCCUCCAAGUGAAUUACAGAUUACCUCUUAGACCUCAGACGAAGAGGACAUACUACGAAUACACUGGCUUGUGGCAUAUCUAUGCAAUAUUAUCACUAAAUGCAUGGUUCUGGAGCACUAUAUUCCAUACUAGGGAUAUUGACUUGACCGAGAAAAUGGAUUACUCUUCAGCUGUGGCCCAACUUGGCUACUCUUUAAUCCUUACAUUGCUAAGAACUUUCAAUGUCAAGGAUGAGGCUGGCAGGGUGAUGUUUGCUGCACCUAUUCUAGCAUUCGUUACAACACACAUCUUGUAUCUUAACUUCUACGAACUUGACUACGGAUGGAACAUGAAAGUUUGUGUGGCAAUGGGUGUUGUUCACAUUGUCGCAUGGACAACCUGGGCCGUUGUGACCCAUCAUCCAUCACGAUUCAAGGUUUGGAUCGUCAUAUUCGGAGGAGCUCUAGCAGUGCUUCUUGAAGUGUAUGACUUUCCUCCGUACAAGGGGUAUGCUGAUGCACAUUCGCUGUGGCACGCGAGCACCAUUCCUCUCACCUAUCUUUGGUGGACCUUCGUUAGAGACGAUGCAGAAUUCCGCACCUCCACACUUGUUAAGAAGGCCAAGUAGUAGUAAAUUAAGGUCAGUAUGAAUGCUGUUAGCUUGUCCCUCUCUCGAGGUAACACGGGCAGAGGACACACGUGCUGCCAUGCCAUGCGUCCCCAGAAGCUCGGUGUUCCCUGGAUCGAUCAGGACUUACCAUUCAUCUUUCAGCGAAACUCAGCAUCUUGUUUAUGCGGUAUCUUUGGUUCUUGACCUCCAGAUUUCUGUUUUGAUUGAUAUCAACAAUUGUUUUGUUCUGUAAUAGGAAAGGACAUAAUCUUUUUCGUGUC